CGGAAGAUUAGGUUCGAUUUACAGGAAGUUGUCAGCAAUGUUUUGUUGCUAGUAGGGACUGUGAAAAUGGCGACCCCUCGUCGCUCCUUUCAGCUUCUCUCUUCCCCGCCCGGAGGCGCCUCGUUCGCAGUCACCCCGCUGGGCUCGCCUCUGGCCCUGUCCUACGAUUCCGUGCCUCUCACCCGUGGAGCCGGUGCGGACAGUGUAGCAGACGGCGAAGCUUCCCCGGACCCAACCUCUCCCUCCACCCCCGCUGCCUCUCCAUCUUUCGCCCACAGCAGCGGGUCUAGCAGCAAAGCUAGCUCCCCGACAUCUACGGAGGGCAGCGGCGCGAGUGCAGCCUCGACGCCGGACUCCUGUAGCGGUAACACGGGCAGCGGCAACGGUUUUUUAGGGUGUCCGAACGGAGUGUUCAGGGAGCUGUUUGAAGCAUGUCGGAAUGGAGAUGUUUCGAGGGUGAAGAAACUAGUGGAUACAGCCAACGUGAACGCUAAAGACAUGACAGGACGUAAAUCGACACCUUUACACUUUGCUGCAGGUUUUGGACGUAAAGAUGUGGUAGACCACCUCCUUCAGAAUGGCGCCAACAUCCAUGCCCGUGACGAUGGUGGUUUGAUCCCUCUUCACAACGCGUGCUCGUUUGGGCACUCUGAGGUGGUGUCCUUGUUGCUGUGUCAGGGAGCCGAACCCAAUGCCCGAGACAACUGGAACUAUACACCUUUACACGAGGCUGCCAUCAAGGGCAAGAUAGACGUGUGUAUAGUGCUAAUGCAGCACGGAGCCGACCCCAACAUCCGCAACACUGACGGCAAGUCUGCCUUGGACCUCGCUGAACCCUCCGCCAAGGCCGUGCUCACAGGUGAAUACAAGAAGGAUGAGCUGCUGGAGGCAGCAAGGAGUGGAAAUGAGGAAAAGCUAAUGGCCCUGCUCACGCCGCUUAAUGUCAACUGCCACGCGAGUGACGGCCGCAAGUCCACUCCGCUCCACCUGGCUGCGGGAUACAACAGAGUGAGGAUAGUUCAGCUGUUGCUACAACACGGAGCAGAUGUUCAUGCCAAGGACAAAGGUGGUCUGGUGCCGCUACAUAACGCCUGCUCCUACGGACACUAUGAAGUCACUGAGCUGCUGCUAAAGCAUGGUGCCUGUGUAAAUGCCAUGGACCUGUGGCAGUUCACCCCACUCCAUGAGGCAGCAUCCAAAAACCGUGUGGAGGUAUGCUCCCUGCUGCUGAGCCAUGGGGCUGACCCGACCUUGCUCAACUGUCACAGCAAGAGCUCCAUGGACAUGGCGCCUACACCUGAGCUGAAGGAAAGGCUCUCAUAUGAGUUUAAGGGCCAUUCACUGCUUCAAGCUGCUCGGGAAGCUGACAUGGCCAAGGCGAAGAGGAGCCUGGCGCUGGAGAUCAUCAACUUUAAACACCCUCACACACAUGAAACAGCACUGCAUUGUGCAGUUGCAUCUCCACACCCCAAGAGGAAACAGGUGACAGAGCUGCUAUUACGAAAAGGGGCCAAUGUCAAUGAGAAUAACAAAGAUUUAAUGACACCUCUCCAUGUGGCUGCUGAGCGAGCUCAUAAUGACAUUAUGGAGGUGCUUCAGAAACAUGGUGCCAAGGUGAACGCAUUGGACACACUGGGUCAGACGGCCUUACACCGCGCAGCAAUGGCAGGCCAUCUGCAGACCUGCAGGCUGUUGCUAGGAUAUGGAGCAGACGCCUCCCUGGUAUCGCUGCAGGGCAUCACUGCUGCUCAGAUGGGAAAUGAGGCUGUUCAGCAGAUACUCACUGAGAACGUUCCAGUAAGAAACUCAGAUGUGGACUACAGACUUCUGGAAGCUGCGAAAGCUGGAGACCUGGACACAGUCAAGUCUCUGUGUACAGCACAGAAUGUGAACUGCAGAGAUCUGGAGGGACGACACUCCACCCCUCUCCACUUUGCUGCUGGCUACAACAGAGUGUCAGUGGUUGAGUACCUGCUGCAUCACGGGGCUGACGUGCACGCCAAGGACAAAGGGGGUCUAGUCCCUCUCCAUAACGCCUGCUCGUACGGUCACUACGAGGUGGCUGAGCUGCUGGUCAGACACGGUGCCUCGGUCAACGUGGCUGACCUGUGGAAGUUUACACCGCUUCAUGAGGCUGCAGCCAAAGGCAAAUACGAGAUCUGCAAACUGUUGCUAAAGCACGGUGCAGACCCCACUAAGAAGAACAGAGACGGGAACACGCCCCUGGACCUGGUGAAGGACGGAGACACGGACAUCCAGGACCUGCUGAGAGGAGAUGCAGCGUUGUUGGACGCAGCGAAGAAGGGCUGUCUUGCCAGAGUACAGAAGUUAUGCAGCCCAGACAACAUCAACUGUCGAGACACACAAGGACGAAACUCUACCCCACUGCACUUGGCAGCUGGCUACAACAACCUGGAGGUAGCCGAGUAUCUGUUGGAACACGGAGCCGACGUGAAUGCGCAGGACAAAGGGGGUCUUAUACCUUUGCACAAUGCUGCUUCAUACGGGCAUGUUGACAUAGCCGCCUUGCUCAUCAAGUACAAGACCUGCGUCAACGCCACGGACAAAUGGGCAUUUACUCCCCUCCAUGAGGCUGCGCAAAAGGGACGCACUCAGCUCUGUGCUCUUCUUCUGUCUCACGGAGCAGAUCCCACCAUGAAGAACCAAGAAGGGCAGACGCCGCUGGACUUGGCAACAGCUGAUGACAUCCGAGCGUUGCUAAUAGACACCAUGCCACCCGACGCCCUGCCCAGCUGUCUAAAACCACAGGCCACUGUGGUGAGUGCCAGUGUGGUGACGGCUGGUGCCACAGGGGCCGUGGUCAUCUCUCCCUCGCCGUCACCGUCAUCCUGCUUGUCAGCCGCCAGCAGCAUUGACAACCUGACUAUGCCCCUUGGCGACAUAACGGUAGGCGGUGCCACCGGGACGGCAAAUGGAGCAUCUAGCUCCAACAGGAAGGAAGGAGAUACUCUAUUUGACAUGACUAUCAACCAGUUCUUAAAGAGUUUGGGACUGGAACACCUUAGAGACAUCUUCCAGAGGGAACAGAUCUCGCUGGACGUGUUGGCAGACAUGGGCCAUGAAGAGCUCAAAGAGAUUGGCAUCAACGCUUACGGGCACAGACACAAACUUAUCAAGGGCAUCGAGCGGCUGCUGGGAGGUCAGCAAGGUGGCAACUCGUACCUGACGUUCCACUGCUCCAGCCAGGGCACUGUACUGAUCGACCUGGCCCCGGACGACAAGGAGUUCCAGUCGGUGGAGGAGGAACUGCAGAGCACCAUCAGAGAGCAUCGUGAUGGCGGCAAUGCAGGCGGAGUCUUUAGUCAGUACAACAUCAUUAAGAUUCAGAAGGUGGUGAACAAGAAGUUACGAGAGAGAUACUCACACCGCCAGAAGGAGAUUGCUGAUGAAAACCACAACCACCAUAACGAGCGCAUGCUCUUUCAUGGUUCUCCCUUCAUCAACGCCAUCAUCCAUAAAGGUUUUGACGAGCGCCACGCAUACAUCGGCGGCAUGUUUGGCGCUGGCAUUUAUUUCGCCGAGAACUCCUCCAAAAGCAACCAGUACGUCUACGGGAUAGGUGGAGGCACGGGGUGUCCUACUCACAAAGACAGAUCUUGCUACGUGUGUCACAGGCAGAUGUUGUUCUGCAGAGUGACUCUGGGCAAGUCAUUUCUGCAGUUUAGUGCCAUGAAGAUGGCCCAUGCACCCCCUGGGCAUCACUCUGUCAUUGGCCGGCCGAGUGUCAACGGACUGGCCUAUGCCGAGUACGUCAUCUACAGAGGGGAGCAGGCUUACCCAGAAUACUUGAUCACAUACCAGAUUGUUAAACCAGAGACUUUGGCUACGCCCACUACCACCGCCGAACAGAAGUCUUAAUACGCUCUUCAAAGCUGGAUCGGUAGGUGAAAGACCACCAUAGACACGAGCGGUUCUCAUAAGGAUGUGUGUUUUGGACACCUCAGAGCCCAGAGUAAGUUUGACCUUAUAAGGCUGAAGAGGUCACGGUGGCUCGAACAAGCAGACGAGAUGAGAAGAGGAGAGUGCUCAGUCUGAACCGAGACUUGAACAAAGAGUUACUGUGCAUUUUGUUACGUGUCCACACCAAGUUGGCAAAGUGAAGACCAGAAGAGACAGCAGGCCAACAAUAAACACUAGGACCUCAGUGCAUUGCCACUGCUACGCAACCAUACCCGAAGAAAAAAGAGAUUUGGAGGUUUACCCUCAAAAAGAGGUGCUGCAGCAUCAAGAGAGAGCAUAAACAUGUCCACUUGGGGUCUGAAAUGUUGUUACAUCACAUUUAUUGUAUCUGAUUGUUCCCCACUUGGAACCACAUGUCCUUGUUUACAUUAAACUUCUUCCUUAGCCCAUUUCCUCUUAGCUUGGCGCACUGAACGCUCCUUAGUGGCCCAGCCGACUCUUGACAGCAGACACAGCGUGCAUUGGCCACCAAGGGAAAAAAGGUGUCUUUUUUAACAUUCACCAAACCUCAAACUACAUCAUGUUGGAUCGCACAUGGAACAAAAAAAAAGAUUUAUAAUAUUCUUAAUCCAAAUUCUUUAUUCUGAAAGAUGCCGAUAAACACUCAAUGGCUGGCUAGCAUUGUAGCACCUGCUCGAUAACGCAGCUGAUUUAAAUAUUGUCCAAAAGAAUAAACACUGAGUCCUUCUUAGUCCUGGAUCUAAAAUAGGCAGCUGAAAGUAAACUGGUUGACAAAAAUGUGCCUAUGGUUUACAUACUGUGUAUUGUGUAUUUUUAAACUGAAUUUAAUCCUUCCACUAAAUCAAAAUGGCCGCCAAAUGACUUAUAUAAGUCAUUUUUCCCAGUAAGUCAGCAUACACAAUUUAAAUUAAAAAAUACAACAUUAUGGAAAGUUUACACAAGUAAAAAACCAAUGUCUACAAUGCUACAAUGUCCAAUGUUUCACAAUGAUAUAACGUUUACACAGUUGUUUUCAGCUUUUGCAUUUCAAAUGUGAUAUUUGUGACUUGGUACAAUGUAAGAAGCAUCUGAAUGUAACAACGUGUGUCUUUGUGUUUUCCUCCAGAUACGGGAAAGUUUCUAACACUCACUUUCAAUAAGUAACUUUUCAUUUGUCCUGGUGAACACUUUUUUAAAUAUUGUACGUUUUUUGAUACGUUAUGUUUGAUCUGGUAUGUCUGGAGAUGCCAGUCAGCCUACUUGUUGUAAAUAACAGUUAGUGUUGCUUCCUCGCAAAUGUCACAUUAAAAUGACCACUUUUCUGUUGUACAACUGGUUGUACUUCA